AGAGCUGUAAUCUGGUAUUUUAUUCUCGUUUACUGUUGAUUUUAGAGCUCUUAUUUUGUUACCGGAAAAAUAAUUAUGAUGAAAAUCAAGAUUCAUACUGUGAGUUUAUUAAAUGAGUAAAUAAAUUAACUAAGUUAUCUGAAAAUACAAAAUGUUUUAAUUUAAGAUGAAACAAUCUAUAAAGUUGUUUUGUAAAUCCGGAUGUGGAUGGAGCGGUUUGAUGACGUAUUUCCGCGGUUGCCAUGGCGGCGUGUUUUCAAGCGGGGAUGAAGCGCGAGCCACACGAACGUGAGAUGUCAGUGAGCAGACAGGAUGAUGAUGAUGAUGAAGUGCUCAGUGAUGUGGAGCCUCUUCCUCCAUCAGCUCUUCAUCAGUCUUCUCUUGUGACGCGCUCGUGGCCGUCUUCUCCUCUGGCAGCGUCUCACGAGGUCACCGCUGGUCUCUACCGUUCACUGCAGCGCAGCCGACAGCGGGAGGUCAUAGGUCACACUGCAGCCAGGCCGGUGUCAUUCAUGUCCUCUCCUGAUCUCACCGCCGUCAGAGCCACGCCCCCUCUCUACUCUCAUGGGCUUAAAGAGGCACGGGAGGCGGGACACAUAGAGGACUCCUCCCAUGAUGUGAUUGGCUCUGGAGUGCAGGAGGUGGAGUCAGAAGGUGAUGGACGGUUACACGAGAUGGACCUUCAUCUGCAGAAGAGCCUGAACAGAUCAGCACAGAGAACGAGUGGCAGGAGGCAUGUAGAGGAGAUGGAGAAUGUGAGGACUCAUUUACAGUCCAUACUGAGAUCGACAUCAACGGCUCCACACAGACACGGUGAGCACACAUCACAUCACAUCACAUCACAGGACAUGUUUGUAAUGUUCUUGACUUAUGACAGUAGAGUUCACGUCCCUGUCCCUUAUGCUCAAUUACCUUUUCUUGUGUUUAUGUGUGUGCGUGUGUGUGUGCGUUUGUUUGUUUGCGUGUGUGUGUGUGUGUGUGCCAAAGACUGA